AUGAAGUCAUAUUUAGCGAUUGUCAAACAAAUUGUUGACGAAUGCCAUCUAAAUCAGGUCAACGAAAUCAGCAGAGUUUUUAAUUACCUUUUCUACAAAGAAUACAGUAUAGUAUUGAAUGAAAACGAUGCAAAAAUUUUUAACGAUUUUGAAGAUUCUCAUUAUUCAUCUGAUAUUCACGAACAAAAAACACUUCACAGAUCUAUUAUGGAUGAUGACAAAAUUGCAUUGGUAAUUUUUACAGAAGGAGAAGAAUUUGAUAAAAAUCAAAAAUUAAAAAGUGAAUUAUAUCCAUAUUCAGAAAGUGGUAUUUCGUUACUUGAAUUAUGUUGUUAUCAUGGAUCUGUUGAUUAUUUUAAGAUCUUAAGAACGCAAUUUCAAUCAAAAAUCACUCCAGAUUGUCUUAGAUAUUCGUUUUUGGGUGGAAAUCAAGAAAUUAUAAAUGAAUGCUUGAAAGUACAAAAACCAGAUGAUGAAUGCAUGGAAUAUGCAAUUAUUUCACACAAUAUUGAUUUUGUUACAUUUUUGAUGAAUGAACACAACAUAAAAAUUAAUUUAAAAUUGUGCUGUAAACACAACAAUCUUCAAUCAUUUUUAGUUUAUUUGGAUCAAACAAAUAACAUCAACACAUGUUUUGUUUAUUCUCCGAAUUUCCAUCUUUCAUCACUUUUAGAAUAUUUUAUUUCAAAUGGUGCAGAUAUCAAUGCUAAAACUAAAACCGGAUGUACCCCUUUUCAUCAUGCAGCCAGAGAUAAUAGGAAAGAAACUGCAGAAAUUCUUAUUUCAAAUGGUGCAGAUGUCGAUGCUGAAGAUGAAGAUGGAUGUACCCCUCUUCAUUAUGCAGCCAGUAAUAAUAGGAAAGAAACUGCAGAAAUUCUUAUUUCAAAUGGUGCAGAUGUCGAUGCUGAAGAUGAAGAUGGAUGUACCCCUCUUCAUUAUGCAGCCAGAAAUAAUUGGAAAGAAAUAGUUGAAAUCCUUAAUUCAAACAAGACAAGACUGUCAUGUUGA